AUUUUGGUCCAAGAAUGACAACAUAUCCAAUCUUGGCAACACAAUUUGUUAUUUGUUGGGAACAGGCAUCAUUUUUCAUUCUCUCUAUCAAUUGGUUAGUAUUCACUACCACGUCCCCACAAUUCCGUCUAAAUUCACAUGCCACUUGUCCUUCCACUUUUUCAAAAUCUAUAUUUUCUUCUCUUAACAACAUGCUUGAUGCUACUACAGUUUUUAUUAAUAAAUUAAUUACGAUUAUUAGGGUUACUUUUAGAUACCUUUCGGGCCGCUGCUCCGCUACUCACCUACCGCUACUACAACUCUCAUAUACAUACAUAAACACAGGCAGAAAAGAAAAAACUAGAACCGGAGAAGCAUUUGAAGAAAACCAUGGCGGCUACAGCUCAUCUCCUUAGCUACUCUCCUCUAUCGAAUCACCAUCGCAAUCAUUCCAACCACAGUCGCAUCUCCAAUACUCCGGCUUCCGUAUCUUUCCCGAUCUCUUCCUCCGAUUCUCGACCCCCACUCCAGUCUCUUUUCCCAAUCUCGAAAUCGCAUGAAAAGCUUGAGCUUUCAUUCUCCGGUGGAAAUGGCGGCAGCGGAGUUGGACACGGCGGCGGCGGCGGCGGUGGAGAUAGUGGAAGGUGGAGUGGGGAUGGUGAAGGUGACGGUUGCCGCAAAGACAAACCGUCGUCGUUUGGUCCAAUAGGGCUUUUCCUCAGCGGGUGGAGAUCGAGAGUUGCCGCCGAUCCACAAUUCCCUUUCAAGGUUCUAAUGGAGGAAGUUGUGGGCGUCAGCUCGUGCGUCCUCGGUGACAUGGCUUCCCGCCCCAAUUUCGGUCUCAACGAGCUCGAUUUCGUCUUCUCCACACUCGUCGUCGGCUCGAUUCUUAAUUUCACUCUCAUGUAUCUCCUAGCCCCAACCAUGGGAUCUUCCUCGUCUAGUCUCCCUGCCAUUUUCGCCAAUUGCCCCAGUAGCCACAUGUUCGAACCGGGCGCCUACAGCUUGGUGAACCGACUGGGGACCUUCGUCUACAAAGGAACCGUUUUUGCUGCUGUCGGCUUCGCCGCGGGUCUCGUCGGAACCGCUUUAUCGAACGGUCUGAUCAAAAUGAGGAAAAAUAUGGAUCCGACUUUCGAGACGCCGAACAAGGCGCCUCCAACUCUGCUCAACGCCAUGACCUGGGCGAUCCACAUGGGCAUCAGCAGCAAUCUAAGGUACCAAACCCUGAACGGGAUCGAGUUUGUGCUGGACAAGGGGCUUCCUCCAUUGCUGUUCAAGUCAUCGGUGGUGGUCCUGAGGUGUUUGAACAAUAUCCUUGGUGGAAUGUCGUUUGUCGUUUUGGCGAGGGCAACGGGAUCCCAAAGCGUCGAGGGUGUGAAGCCGGUGACCGAAGAGGUUGGAUCGGCGGCGGAUAAGGAAAAAUUGGUGGAAGAGAGUGAGGGCUUGCAGAGUACUAAUCAGUCAACUUUGAACAAGUAAAUUUUGAGGUCAAAAUCGGGCUUCCGUGGCUGCACUUUUUUUUCUUUCCUUUUUUGUAAUAACUAAUAGUCUUUUUUUUCGUUUGUUUAUAACUACGAACUUGUUUGGAGGCUUGACUUGUUUCUUGAGAUAAAUCUGAGAAUCAAGUUUUGUGGUUAAUAAUAAUAUAUGGACCCCUGUGUUCGUGUUUUUCUGCAA